GGACUUGCUCCUUGAAUUUGUGAUCUGCUUGUUAUUGUAUGUACACAGUAAUAGUGCUGUUUCAUUAAUCCAUACAUUAAUUUUAUUAAUGUAUGGAUCGUUUUAAUUGGAAAUAUCACGUUUCGAAAGUCUCUCGCCCAGACCUGAACCCUCUUCCAUCUUUGCCACAGUAGUCAACGAUGUCGUGCAUCGGUGGCACAUAUAAAUACAUACGAAGCACGCUCCUGGCGAGACUGCCCGCCGAAACCGCGUCGAACAGAGCGACCUAGCGCACGCGCACCCGUUUCAAUUUUAAAAAAUCACCCCAUAAAAAAAGUUAAGCAACCGACUAUAUUAAACGAAAAUGCACAAUGCUGAAUUGUACCAAAAAAGUAACACUAUGCAGAAAAGGGAUGCUCUACAGUGCUUGGAAGAAUAUGCGAAGAAAAUAAAAUGGAAAAACGAUGGUGAUACAGUCAUAGACAUAGGAUGCGGAGAUGGCAGUGUGACGAGUAGCAUACUGAAAAAGUUUUUGCCUUACAAAUACAAGAGACUCGUAGGCUGUGAUAUAAGCGAGAGGAUGGUCCAGUUCGCUAACGAGCACCAUGCCACUGACCAGACCAGCUUCGCGGUGCUCGACAUUGAGGGAAACUUGCCGGACCAGAUGAGGGAAAACUUCGAUCACGCAUUCUCUUUUUACACGCUUCAUUGGAUAAAACAUCAAGAGACCGCAUUUACCAACAUCCAUAGGCUGUUGGCGAAAGGGGGAGAUUGCCUGCUGAUAUUCCUGGGUCACAUGCCUGUAUUUGACGUGUACAGGAUCCUGGCUCGCUCUGCCAGAUGGAGCUACUGGCUGAGAGACGUUGAUCGAUUCGUUUCACCCUACCAUGACUCUCAGGACCCCGAGAAAGAAAUCAAAAGGAUGAUGACCACUAUUGGCUUUACUAGCGUUGAAGUAAAAUGCACACAGAAAUCGUUUAUCUACACCAGCGUAGAGGCUCUUAAAAAGGCUGUAAAUGCAGUUAAUCCGUUCAAAAUACCAGCAGAAUUGCAAGAGGAUUUUUUGGAGGACUACGUAAAAAUUGUGCGAGACAUGCAGCUUAUUGAUCACGUUAACAAUAACAUCAAUCACGUAAAUAUAAGAACUAAUUAUAACCUUCUCAUUGUCUUCGGCAAAAAGUAAUAUUGUCAUAAUAUGAUGCUUGCUAACGUACCAAGUAGGUAAGCCGGAUGCAGAAUGCUUUUAGGUUUCAUGAUAAUAAUUUCUCUGUCCUAGAUCGAAUCGCAAAACACCAUCAUCUAUUUAAAAAGACCAACUGUAGCUACGGAUGGCAUGGUUUUAAACAUAUUUUGUUAAACAAAAUAUGUUUUGUUUUAUUUUAAACUACUUAUUUUUCUCAACCUUGACUGUAGCUGUUAACAAUCGCAACUUUUAUUGCCCUAAGUAUAUUUAUUAUAAGCAUAGAUAGUUGUAGUGAAGAUUGUUAAAGGUGGUGUACUUAAGUGAAUGUAUAUUUCUAAGUUCGAAUAUUGAAAAUAGAUAGCACCAGUAAAAAUAUGUGAUCUAUCAUCAACAUCCGGCUAAGCUUGCAUUAUUAGCAAACAUCGUAUUUCCAUUUAUAUUAAAACACCUGCAAGUACAACAUUAAGUUUGUAAGUUUUAAAAUAUAAGUAAGUACCUAAUAGGAAUAGCUCCUAUUGUGUAGUAGUAGUCAUACCUAAUAUUAUUAUACAAAUAAAAUUUGUGACUUCGAUUAUAUCUGAAAUAGGUAACACAUUUGUACCCGACUGCACCAAAUAGAUCUUGCUUUUUGGGCGUGUGUAGUGUGGUUUGUGUACAUAUAAAAAAAAAAUUGUAUUAAUUACACUCAUAAUAUUAUGUGGGACUGACACUGGGUAUCACAAAAAAUAAUAUGAGGGACACUAGCCACUGA